ACAUGAUACCGUUGUUCGCAACGUUGGCCAAACUGUGGCGAAGACGUGAGACCGAGACCGAGGGACUGGUCUUCAGACUGCACUACACGCUGACCGUCAUUGUGUUGAUGGCCUUCUGUAUCGUCAUCUCAUCCAAACAGGCCAUCGGCGGACCAAUCGAUUGCGAGGUCGCCACUAAUGCCAUGGAUGUCAAUAUGAUCAACACUUUUUGUUACGUAAGGUUCACCACUAAUGUCUACGGCGGGCCACAGUAUGCCAAUCGUCCAAACCUCGGCCCCCACGGAGACCAUCCGCCGGGUGAUGGUGAACACCAUUACUAUCAAUGGGUUUGGUUGGUCCUACUCUUGCAGUCGGUGUGCUUUUAUUUCCCGCACUAUCUCUGGAAGCGUUUCGAGUCCAACAGGAUUUCAUCGAUCGUCUCAUCGGAUAUGCAGUACUUCGUCGACGACCCGAACAAACGGCACCAGAAGAUCGCGCAAGUCGUCCACUUUUUGCGGUCAACCAUCGGUCGUAACGAUGGGUUAGCCAUUGAAUACUAUGGCUGCGAAUUCUUGGCCUUUUGUGUAGUUUGCGGUCAAAUCCUUUUCAACCAUCACUUUCUUGAUAAGGGUUUUAUCACUUUCGGUAUGGAUCAGGUCAAGUGGUGGAUAGCGGACCCAUCUAUACUUCAGGAUCCAAUGGAAAUGCUGUUCCCGCUUUUAAGUAAAUGCCGUUUUGAUAAAUUUGGGUCGAGUGGAGGACGCGUAGAGUUAGACGCGUUGUGUGUCCUAUCGCUCAAUAUAUUGAAUCAGAAGAUGUUUCUCUUCAUAUGGUUUUGGUUUUACUUUCUGGCGAUUAUCACCGGAUUUACGCUCAUAUAUCGACUCAUUCUCAUGACAUGUCCGCUAAUCCGUUAUUACGCCCUCGGAAGUGAUAUACAGUCGAUCACCGAUUGCCAGAAUCGGUACAAACGAUUUGUCUGCGGACUACCGCUCGGCGAUUGGUUUAUAUUGCUUUUGUUGAAGGAUAACACGGAACCAAUCAUUUUCGACCAAAUUAUUGAACAAUUGCAUCAGAGCUGUGAAGUUGGCGGCGAUUUCGCCACAAAUUCCUAUGAUAUUGAAAACAAUGAUAAUUCAAUUCAGUGCUCAUCAAAAAUG